CAGAUAGAGGAUGUCUGCAAACGAGCGUUCAACGGGCACAGAGAGGGACUCAGCAGGACAGCAGGUAAGAUUUAAAGACACUGAUUGUUUUUAAUGACCUGCUGCAACAGGUGAAAUAACCCAAGACACCUUUAAUGUGUGCACGUGGAGACUUUCUAUCUUUUGUUACUAUUCUACUUAUUUAUUGGCUCCACUUCCACGCUAUUUUAAUACACCAUAUUUGUAUAUCUUACUUUAUUCUACUCUACCUCAGCCAGAGGUGGAAAUUAAGAACAAUUUGAUACGUGAUUUAAUUUCAUAUGUGUACUGCAAAUACACUACAUUUAACUCCACUGCAUUUAUCUGACAGCUUGGCCAAUAUAUAUUUUAAAAACCUUUAAUGAGAAGAUAAAAUGUUUUACACAGCAAAUGCAAAAACCAUAACAGUAUAUAAAAUAUCUGCUUAACGUUAAAAUGUUAAAUGUCAAUGCAUCAGUGAUGAUUAACCAAUAAUUUAAUACAUUAUAACUUUGACAGAGACCAUUUUGCUUGAAUAGUGGGUGCUUUUAAUUUUGUACUUAAAGUCAAUUUAGCACUUCCAUACUCAAUUGCAGUUUCGAAUACUUAUAAUGGAAUAAUUAGUGUAUCCUACUUUUACUUAAGUAAAAGGUUUGAAUACUUGUCCCACUACUGAACGUACCUUAUUCUGCUGUGUUCUGUCCUUUAUUCCACCAUAGUUCUUUAUUAAAUAUAGAUUCACCAAUCAGGAAAAGUAUCUUUAGUUGCAGCCCUUUUCUGUUUAGUAUAAAAGGUCAAACUUCUAUGUUUACUAGGUUAUAUUUUUGUAGGGUACUUUUACCACAUAUUAUAUUAACUCUGAACUGACUGGAGCUGAGAGUAAAUACUUUCUCCCCCCGUGUAUAAAGUAGUGUCUUGUCGUCUUCUCACAGACGAUACUUGGCAGUGACUCUGCCGGUGUGUUGGGCUCAAUGGGUGUCUCACUGUCAGUUUGGCUGUGCAGCAGGGCAGACAGUAGCCCGCUCUCCUCUUCAUCAGCUUUCCCUCCUCUGGCUGUCCCGACAUCCUCUCGCCUUGCUGUCAUUUUGAACUCUCUUCCGGUUGCUCCAGGAGACAGUCGCUCACACUGGAGCUCAGUGCACCGCUCUCCUCACUUCCUGCUGUCGACAUGCAAACAGGAAGUGACACGUUCACCUGUUGAGCUGAGCAGCGACGGGGUGAGGGCAGACAUGGGGGUGAAGAGUGGGCUUCAUGUCUGGGAGUUGCUGUGGAGCCCCAACGCCAGAGGUAGUCACGCCGUCAUUGGCAUUUCCAGGCAGAGCUGCCCUCUGCAGGCCUCGGGGUACAACGUGCUAAUUGGCAGAGACUCACAGUCCUGGGGCUGGGAACUCAAAACCAAUCAGCUCUGGCAUGCUGGGCAGAGUCUGAGACCUUACCCAGGAACAAGGAGGAGAUGCCACUCUGAGGCUGUGGAGGAUUUUAGGACACCGUCUUCCACUUCAUCACACACAAAGGUGGCACAGACAGCUCUUCCCAUCCCUGAGCGCAUCCUGUUGGUCCUGGACGCCGACGCAGGGACUCUGGGGUUUGUUGUUGAUGGCAGCUUCCUUGAUGUUGCUUUCAAAGACCUCCCUCGUGGAGUGGAGCUGUUCCCAGCAGUAAGCAGCGUGAGAGGAGGAGCCAGCAUACGACUACGAUACCUGAACGGCGCCACGCGUGAUCCCCCUGCCUUGAUGGCUCUAUGUGGACUGUCAAUUCGACACAUUUUAGGGCAACAGAGGCACACUGAAAUGGACAAACUGCCUCUACCCCCUUGUCUCCAGCACUACCUGCUUUCUACUCAUUAAUGUACACGUAUUCAUGCACAAGCGCAAACAAUAGGAAACAUUUUGUCAAUCACUGAAGUGUACCAAGAAUUUAUAGAUUUAUAUAUGAAAAAAUUAUGUACACACAUGUUAUAGCCAGACAAAUGGAUAUAUUGUCUUAUUUAUUACAACAUAAUAUGUAUUUCACUGAGGUUUCAAAGCAUUAACAGUGAGCUGGGAGGAAUUUUCUUUCUGUUUGUUUCGUUGUGUUUAUAAUAAAUUACUCCCAUUGAAUUUAACUUUGUCAUUAUUACUGUUCUACAGUUUUAAUUAUUUUGUGAAUGAGAAAAACAUAAACCACAUUCAGUAACAAGGGACAAAUUAUUAUAAUGAAGAAAUAAUAAAUAAUAAAAGAGAGGCAUGAUUACACCAAACAAGUUACGAAAUGGCCAGAUUACAGGAAAUUAACAUUGAGUUGAGGCCCGUUUAGGUCAGAGAGCCUCAGAUCUCUGAUUUAAAUCUUGACAUUAAACUCAUUUAUAAAACUAACAUAAAACACAUUGAUGAUGCCUGAAAUGACAUGAAACGGUUGCUUCUUUUAUUCUAAAUAAUAUUAUAUUUUAUAUAUAUAUAAAUUAUAUAAUAAACAAUCACUCGAAACGAAACUAUGAAUGAAUUCAAUUUCAGAAUGAACCUAUAUUGCUCAAUGAUAACAAACUGCAUAAAUUCAGUUGCAUCUUUAAUUAAAUGAGCAUCUGUGGUUAAAUUAAAGAUGACUCAGAUUCUCUGGCUGCUAGCUCAGCAGCUGCCAAAUAAAAUAAAUAAAUAACAUUUUAAUUAUAGUGUAGUUAUCAUGUUUUUCCCAACAUCCAGGCUUUAAAGGGUGAGAAGUAGUAAAGACUUUAGAAGUAUAAAAUAAUUACUGCGUGGCAACAUCACAAAGGAACUGAGCUGCUCUCCUGAAAACUAACACAAACAUUGUCACAGAAGAGCUUAUUAUCAACUCUACCAACUAUUCUUACGCUUCAACAUCAACGUUACUAUAAAUAGUCCCGACCCGUCCUGUAAGUAACUCUUGUAUGUUAGUUAACGGCUUUCCAUAGAUAACUAGACUGUGAUUAACGGUAUUUAACGUUGGCUAGCUCGGCUCAAGGUAACGGCUAACGUUAGCCGUUAGCUAACGGCCACCGUUAGCUUACUCGCCUAGCUGCCAUUAUGUUAAAUGGCGGCUAACCGUUGUUGGUUGAUUUAUUACCCUCGACUGCGAACUAGCUAAACAAAUGUUGUUCAUGCAAGUUCAGUGUAAUGAUUGUGGUUUUUAUAAAGUCAAAUGAACUAUAAAAUCAUUAGUUGUAUUUGACUGUUCAUAUCUAGAAUGAACUGGUUAUGGCAGAACUGGAAAGUCUGAGAGGAGGAGGAGGAUUGAACUUUGGUCCACCAGGCAUAAAUGGAGA